UGUAACCUCCGCUCUGGUGACCACCGAGUGAGACUGAAGUAACUAUCAAGUUCACAGUUCACCAGAAUUGAUCCUAAUAUAACAACAAGUCAGUCUGAGAGGUAUAACUCAGGGCCCCACCACAAACCAUCCAUCAACAACACACAGCCAACAAUGGCUGAGGCGUCAGAGAACUUCUGGAGGUGACAUCUGCUGGUGUUGUAGGUGAAGUCCGAGGUGUAGAGAGUGAAGAGGACAGGUGAGAGCACCUUGUGCUGCAGACCACCACCUCAGACACACAGUUACGCAGUCUAAUGUUUAAUGUUUAUUUUUUCUUUAACUUUAUUUCUUUUUUCUCCUCCUCAUUAUUAGCACCUGUCAUGUCCAUAUUGUGAUUAUGAUUGUGUUUGUCUGGUCCUGAUCAAACAUACUAAAAAUCAUUCAGAUGAAGUUUGACAGAGCUGUCAAUAAAACUGUGACUGACAGCAUCGUCCAAUCCGGUGAUCUGACCGCUGGGUGGGGGCGGGGCUACUACCUGCUGUCCAGAGGGCAGAUUAGGACUUCAUUACCCAGCAUGCAGCGUGUGUGUUUGUAAAAUCCCUAAAGAGGAUUUAUGUGGAUCAGAGGGACGACAUGCCGCUGAAGAGAGAAGAUACUGAACGUGCUCUGCAGGUGAUGGAGGCCUGUCAGGCUGGAGCAGCUGAAGGGGUCAAAGGUCGUGCGGAGAAGCUCCUGAGCAUCUUCCAGAGUGACCUGUUCCAGGCCCUGCUGGACAUUCAGGAGUUCUACGAGCUUACGGUUUGUGAGAACCAGACAACAAGCCAACCACGCACACCUGGACAGAAGUAUCGUUACCAAGACGAUGAGACUCCACCUGUUGACCCCAGCCCUGGUCACGUGACCCACGGACGCAGUACUGAGCUGAGCCACGCACACCUGGACGGAUACACACACCCUGCUGCUCUCACUAUGAACGGGUCAGAGGGGGAGCUGGAGUAUGAAGAGAUCACACUGGAGAGGGGGAACUCUGGUCUGGGCUUCAGUAUUGCAGGGGGAACUGAUAAUCCUCACAUCGGAGACGACCCGUCCAUCUUCAUCACCAAGAUCAUCCCUGGAGGAGCCGCCGCUCAGGACGGACGCCUCAGGGUGAACGACAGCAUCGUAUUCGUUAAUGAUGUGGACGUGCGAGAGGUCACUCACUCCAUCGCCGUGGAGGCGCUGAAGGAGGCGGGGCCUGUCGUCAGGUUGUAUGUGCUGCGGCGCCGCCCGCCCAGUGAACGCAUCACGCAGAUCAAACUGAUUAAGGGACCGAAAGGUCUGGGCUUCAGUAUAGCCGGCGGUGUGGGGAACCAGCAUGUUCCCGGAGACAACAGCAUCUACGUCACCAAGAUCAUUGAGGGCGGAGCGGCACACCGUGACGGACGGCUGCAGAUCGGGGACAAAAUACUGGCUGUGAACCACGUGUCUCUGGAGGACGUCCUGCAUGAAGACGCCGUGUCCGCCCUGAAGAACACUGGGGAGGUGGUCUACCUGAAGGUGGCCACGCCCACCUCGCAGUACAUCCACCCUGCUGAUCGAUACAGCCCCCCUGACCUGACCAGCUCCUACAUGGAGCCGGACUACAUGUGCGAUUACCCACAAGCCCUCCCUCCUCCGUCACCACGACGAUACUCACCUGUCCCCCGUGGCAUGAUGGGAGAUGACGAUUAUUCCCGGGAGCCUCGCAGGGUGUGUGUGCAGCGCGGCUCCACCGGUCUGGGCUUCAACAUCGUGGGUGGAGAGGACGGAGAGGGCAUCUUUAUCUCCUUCAUCCUGGCAGGAGGACCAGCAGACCUGAGCGGAGAACUCAGGAAAGGAGACCAGAUCCUCAGUGUGAACGGUGUGGAUCUCAGGUAUGCGACACAUGAACAAGCGGCAGCAGCUCUGAAGAACGCUGGACAGACUGUAACCAUAGUAGCACAGUACAGACCUGAAGAGUACAGUCGUUUUGAAGCUAAGAUCCACGAUCUGAGGGAGCAGAUGAUGAACAGCUCGUCUGGAAGUCUGAGAGCCAAUCGCAGCUUCUACGUCAGGGCCCUGUUCGACUACGAUAAGCAGUGGGACUGCGGCGUCCUGUCUCAGGCUCUGGACUUUAACUUCGGGGAGGUUCUUCACGUGGUGGACAGCGCUGACGACGAGUGGUGGCAGGCCAGACGAGUCAGCCAGCAGGGGGAGCUGGAGGAGCUGGGCUUCAUCCCGUCCAAACUCAGAGUGGAGAGGAAGGAGUGGUCACGCAUGAAGAGCAAAGGCAGAGAAGGUUUCAUUCACAGCUACGAGCUCAUCACUCAGAUCGAAGUGGACUACGCCCGUCCUGUGAUCAUCUUGGGGCCGACCAAAGACCGAGUCAACGACGACCUGCUGUCCGAGUUCCCAGACAAGUUCGGCUCCUGCGUACCUCACACGACUCGCCCUCGGAGGGACUACGAGGCCGAUGGGCGGGACUACCACUUUGUGUCGUCACGGGAACAGAUGGAGCGGGACAUCCAGUCCCAUCGCUUCAUCGAGGCGGGACAGUACAACAACCACCUGUACGGGACGUCGGUGCAGAGCGUCAGACAGGUGGCCGAGCAGGGGAAACACUGCAUCCUGGACGUGUCGGCCAAUGCGGUGAGGAGGCUGCAGGCGGCUCAGCUUCAUCCCAUCGCCAUCUUCAUCCGACCGCGAUCCCUGGAGAACAUCCUGGAUCUGAACAAGCGUCUGUCGGAGGACCAGGCGAGGAAAGCUCUGGAUCGAGCCAUCAAACUGGAGCAAGACUUCCUGGAGUGUUUCACAGCCAUCGUGCACGGCGACAGCUUCGAGGAGGUCUACCACCUGGUCAAAGCCGUCAUUGAGGAGCAGAGCGGCCCUUACAUCUGGGCUCCAGCACGCGACAGACUCUGAUUGGCCGCUGCCAGCCAUGGAGCACCGCCUCCUCCUCCUCCUCCACCUGUCGGUGGCACCACCUGAUGGAGAGCAGACGUUGGUCUUUCUACAGUUUUUCUUUUCUUUCUGCAGGAGGAUGAUGUGUGAGCCCUCUGAUUGGAUGAUGGACCUGUCUGUCUCUCCACCUGUCUGUGUGUCAGAGGGACAGCUGGCUGAUUGAUUGAUCAGUUGUAGAGUUCAGUUGGUAUUGGAGUAUUUAUAUUAUCCUAUUUAUUUAUUGAUUAAUCUAUUUAUUUAUGUGAUGUGAAAAUGCUGUGUGUGUGUGCGUGUGUGUGUGUGCGCGCGUGUGUGUAAUGUACAUAAAGACUUGUGUGACUGUAAAUAAAACAAUGGGGCUCAACACACAGUCUAUUCAGGGCUUAAAGUAUCAAACACUGGACUACAAACACUGGGGUUCAUCUCCCACAGUCCCUCACACUCUCUGCACAGACUAAUCUUUCUGCUAGACUACAACACCCACAAUGCAUCACGGAUUGGGCAACAACAUAAACGCCUCUCAUUUGGACUACAAAGCCCAUAACCCCCCUCUGCUUGGACUACAAGACCCUAAAAUCUCUUCCUGUUGCAGUCAGGAGAGUUUUUAGUGAAACUGAAACUGAACACUACAUUACCCACAGUUCCCGGCUCCAGAUAAAGAUGACAUCACAGCCCUUCUGAGGACGACCUGUCCACUCCCUUUUGAAGUCGUCGUACUGAAACUGGCUGCUUCACCUGAGGGGCACUCGUGAGGUCGUCCUCUGUGAGCGGGAGUGAGUGGAGCUAAGUGGCUAAAGUAAUUACUGACACAUUCUAGACAAAGGAAGCCAAUUUUAUUUUAGUUUUUGCAAAUAUGGUAUUGAUUUUGCGUCAGAAUUGAAAAGAGAAAAUACUAAAGCCUGUUUUUCUUACAUGGGAGACGGUUUUGCCCAUAAAGCGUUAGCAUUCCGCUAACGUGCUAAUUGAUGGGUUAAAGUUUACAACUAGCAGCGUUACGUUACUGUAGGCUAACUUCAAUUAUUAUUACAUGAACCACAAUAAUAUGGUUUCAGUUACAUUAUAGUCCUCAUGUAGAGAGCGACAGCAGACAUUAGCAGCCUGGUUAAAACAAAAUUGAUGAAAUUGAUUGAUGUAUGAAACCAAAAUGGUGACUGCAGUAAACUGGUGUCACAAAUACUUUAAUAAUAAAACAGAGAAGAAUUUCAUCACCAAAAAGCCAUGAAAUUUUAAUCUAACAGAACUGCAUCUGUUGUCUCUACUACUCAGACUAAAUAAAUAAAAUAUAAAUAAUUAUAAAUAAAAUUAGCAGAAAAAAAAAAUCAGCACCAUAAAAGUUUCAUUUUUUGCUGCCACAGUUCCAUAAGCCCCCAUUCAUUCUGGACUAACUCGUGAGCGCCCCCUACAGAACCAGAAGUGUAAGAGAGUGAGAGCUCUUCCUGUUAGAGUUUCUUUGAUUACAACACCUACAAAUAUCUACAGCACAGACGGACUACAUUACCCACAAGUCCCAGCUGCACAGCUUCGAGCCACAACCCCCCGGGUCUAUGCUACAGGAAGCUGUGGGGGAGGAACGUCACAUUUCCUGUGGCUUGUGACCAUAGCAACCGGGACUGAUGGUGGAUCCAGCAUGGCCGCUGCUGCUCCCAGACUGGUUUCUGAUGGUUCCAGUGGGUGUUUUUGGACUGAAUAUCAGGGUCCUGUGAAUAAUUAUUAAUAUAAUUAUUAUACAAAUAAUCAUAAUUAUUGAUGAUCACACACACACAGCGUGGUUACCUGAGGUCGUCCUUUCUUUCUGAGCACUGACAGAAUUCAUUUUAUUAAAGCUACAAAAUCAUAUCUGAAUAUUUAUUAUCUUGUGACACGCAUAUACUGACACACACACACACACACACACUCAGAGGAGGCUGCUGGGUUGAUGACCGGCUUGUUGUAUAAUGAAGUAAUUAGUACUAAAUGAAAUUAUUGAAAUAAAUUCCUUAUGAAAGCU